ACGAAUCAUUGCAUGAAAUUAUAAUUGAAUCUAUUAAAGAAAUAAAAAGAUGGAAUUAUCCUUGCAUAGAAUAUUUCACAAUCUAUUCUUAUAAAGAAUGGUCCUUAGGUCAUUUUGAAAAUUGGGCCAACACGAAUCAUAACCAGUAG